UGCCGAGCAUGUGACGCUAGUAAAUUCUGCUAGAAAAACAUUGUUGUUAUCAGGUAUGGCUCAGUAGUAGCUUGGGGUGGCCGAGCAACUUGUGGUCCAGUAUUCUAGCUACUGUCUCCUGCACAGCCAAGUGUAGCCACUGAAGAUCAAGAGAGUGCCCCAAGUGCAAUGACCGAAAAAGAGAGAGAAGCAACCUUUUACCCGCAGCAAACAGCAUCACCACCCCAAUAUCAGACCAAUGUGGGUAGAACGGUGGGAGUCACCUCUCCAGCUGUCCCAGGCACCUAUGGAAGCAGCCAGGUUGGAAAUGGAAUGUAUCCAUCAGCAGCGGCGACCGCCACCGCGACGACGACGUCUCCUCCAGUGAAUCCAGUGCAGAUACCCUAUCUGGAACCUCAUAAAAAGUCUCUGCUGGAAGCUUAUCUGCUGUGCAUACCGCUGGGCUUUCUGGGAGCCCAUCACUUCUACCUGGGUCGUCCUGGCUUUGGUGUGUUGUACUUCCUGACCCUCGGCCUGAUGGGCUGCGGCUGGGUCGUCGACAUGUUUCGGCUGCCGUGUCUGGUGCAGCAGGUCAACCGCAGGAACAAAGAGAAAGCCGUGCAGCUGGCGGAGACCCGGAUGCAGCGACUGCAGCAAGGGCUGAGCGGCGCCGUGUACCCGUGUGCGGAGCGGGACCCGAGAACUCUGGCCGAUGCCUACGUGUUGUGGUUUCCUCUCGGCCUUCUAGGUGCGCACCACUUUUACCUGCGGAACUACGGCUUCGGCGUUCUCUACCUGUUCACCUUCGGCCUGCUGGGCUUCGGGUGGCUCAUCGACCUGUUCCGGAUGCCGCACCUCGUGAAGAUGGCCAACGACAAGACAGCUCAGCGUGAGUACCACUCGUGCACGGCGCACAUCCUGGCCGUCAGUCCCGCGGGUCUGCUCGGGGCUCAUCACUUCUACCUGAACCGCCCUCUGUGGGGCCUCCUCUACCUCUGCACCUUCGGCAUUGUCGGAAUCGGGUGGAUCGCUGACUGGUUCCGUGUCCCGGCCCUCGCCCGUCGUGCCAACCAGGCCGCUCGUGGAGAGACGGACCCUGAGACUGUGUACAUGGACGACGCGUACCUACUGUGGUGUCCACCACUAGGCCUCCUCGGCUUCCACCAGUACUACUUGCGUCGACCCUGCUGGGGGGUGGUGUACACUCUGACCUUUGGCCUCUUUGGCAUCGGCUGGCUGGUGGACCUGUUCCGUUUGCCCUUCAUGGUCCGAGACUACAACGCCAGAAAGGAUGACGUCAGAAGGAAGCUUGUCGACAGGCUGUCGUCACCAGGUGGCGCCGUAGCAGUGUUUCACGGGAUCGGGGGCAACGAAAGGGUCACGACCUUCUAUGGACAGUGCGGAUAUCAAGCGGGUGGCCCGGUCAUGGUAACGGUUUCUCGCGCGCCACCCAGUGCACAGCAAGCAGGUGGCCCGGCCCCGCUGGCACCGAUUCCUCAAGGACCGGUUGUGUAUGGGCACCCCGGGUACCAGAAUGGCGCCUACGGUUCAGCCUUUGCGUACCCCGGUCCCUACCCCAGCUAUUACACACAGCCGAGCGGACUACAACCCCCAGGAGCUGAGAGUUUCGGUAUUGUUCAUCCACCCGCUUACACCCCGGAGGUCACAAGCAGCCCAGCUCAACCCGCCAUAAGCCCUCCAUCAUACGAGGUGUCGGUUAAGAAAGACCUCCAGUGACACUACCCUCGCCCAUGAAACACGAGACCAAGGAAAAACUGAUCCAAGGGAGGCAAGCUAUCCAAAGAAGAACGUAUUAAAGAAAACGGAAUUCUCUCCCAUGACCAAAGUCCUUUCCCUCAACGCCCUCCUUUUAAAAUAAUGAUAAAUUCAUGGCUCAGCAUAUCAAAGAACAGAGAGUAAGGAUACACACUGGAAUGUCUAGCUUUAGAGAAAAAUAGUUCGAUGGGGAGAAGUUUCUCAUCAGGUAGGCGUCAAUGUUCAUGUCUCAUUCUGCGAAUGCGUGACAAAUCAGUCUUAAGCCGUUGUUGUUUUUUAAGCACGUUACUUAUCAUAUAAUUUAGUUGUACUAUUUUGAUUUUUAGAUAAUCUAUUUUGCUGGACGCGUGAACGGUGUUAAAGUGAAUUCUCGUGAGGACACAAACAUGUACCUGAAUGUACACGUGUAAGAGAAUGUGCACACGGCAGCGAGCCUGUCACUGCGAACAAGAUAAAAUAUUUGUUCCUUGUUUGUUACCAAUGUAAAAGAAAUGUUUGUGUUAGACAUUUUUAUGUGACCUUUUUGGUAUGCACUUAAACUCUUGUUUGGGAACAUCCUGUGGAACGUGUCUCAUGCUAACCUUUGAGAUGCUUGAAGUACUAUUCACAAGAUGGAUGGGGUUGGGUGUGUGGGUGGUACUGCGUGGCAAAUUUCAUGCACAAUUGCAGAUCGUAGUAUUGUCAAAAAAUUGAAAAUCUUAUUGGUAGAAUAAAGCUUGUAGGUUCUAGAA